ACAUCCUUUCUGCCAGCGACCUGACAGUCAGACACACAGGACAUUGUGAAGGGAACGUUUCCCGUAGAAACGGAGUAUCGUCUUACAGCGUAUUAAAAAAGGAUAAUUACAGCGAACUCCCUGCGUAGCAAGUUCCCCGAUAUCGAUUUUUGUUGUUCAGUUUUACUGCGAACGGUCCUCCAAAUUGCGAAUUGUAGUUCCCAAAUCGGCAUUCCGUGUGUGACUCGGCUGGUGGUGGCCCCUAAACAGCGUAAUUAAUAUUCUGGCAGCAGGUGCCGCUGUCUUGGAACGCCCCUACCAUACGGUGGUACACGAGCAAUCGGUAACUUGAUGGCCAUAUAGAGCGUGCUUGCCGUCAUCGUCACGGCCAUCAACGCAUCUCGCGUUGAGGCCUGAGCGAACGAGUGAGUGAGUGCACACGCGUGGAGGGAGACACGGAGUAAUGCAGCAUAGUUCUGCGUCUAGCCGUUAGUCAGUCGCACCUCGGACGUUCCACGAUGUCGUCGUCCGCCUCCAGGGCGUCGUUCGCUGUCGAGCAGGUGAAUCGUUCGCGGUCGGAAACGGUCCUCUCGCUGGACGGUGGUUGGCCACCGCCAAGGUCGCCGUUUGCAGGCAGGAGUGGACGGGUCAGCAACAGUCCUUACGGUGCAGCGCCCAGGUUCGGUUCGCGUCCCGCCCUGCCGGCCUGGGUGAGUGGUUCCAGCGGAGCGCUACCGCGGGCCGGCAGCCGGGACGAGGUGAAGCUGCACAAAAGUCUGGAAGAAAUCUCCAAGGACAUACGCGAGCUGGAAGACUUUAUCAGCGUGACGGAGGACAUACUGCGGCGGGAGCGGGAAGAGGACGAGCAGCUCACGCUGCGGGAACGCCAGCGCAAGGCGGCCGAGCGUACCAUGGCGCUGAUACGCAGCAAGUGCAGCCCGACGAAGAAGUGCUUCAACCGGGUCACCAGAACGUCGCCCGACGGUCCGCGCAAGGUGCUGCUGCGCUCACCGACGUACAAGGUGAACAUUACGCAAAAGCGGCGCAUUAAAUCGUUCAGCCCGAAGGGGGGCGGCGGUGGGUACAAGUCCAAGCUGUACUUUCGCAACGGCAAGAUCGGGUGCCAGGAGGCGGAGAAUGCGGUUUCGAAUCUGCGCAGCACGCACGAGCUGGUGAAGCGGAUCAUCAACGACGAGAGCAAUAUGCUGGUGAAGCUGGAGCAUCAGCACUACACGACGGCGGAGCAGGAUGGGCUGGAGUCGCGCUCUAGCUCGGCGGAUACGCCGGUAGAAAGCUUGCAGAUGUGCGUCACGGAAUCGGCCGGCACGUCGCUGUGCGAGGAUGAGGUGCCGGCAGCAGGGCUGGCACCUUCACAGCCAUUAGCACUUCAACAAGAAACCGUUUCGAUGGUUCCGGGUGGUGAUUCGAGUGGGUUAAAUGGGGAAGAAAGGCAACGCCACGUGGAUGAUGGCGAGCACAUUGAGAGCGCGAAUGGAAUCUCCAUGGAACCGAUGGAGGAUAGACGAAAUUCUGACUGCCCCUCCGAGACGAUGCCAACAAGUGGGAAUGACUUUGUAACCGUCCGAUUGCGCCACCUGGCAAACCGUUUCUCGGAGCGUACGCGAAAGAUGCGCAGGAAGCUCGAGAUUCCGCCGACACCGUCCAGCAGUGCCAGUGCACCCUCAACGGCACCUUCCAUGCAGAAGCACAGCGUAAACCAGCGCACGAUACAAAACUCAGCCUUAACGCUUCAGUCAGCUACCGAGACGCCCGGUUGUAGCCACUAUCUGUUCUGUCCCAUCUUUUGCUGCGGCGGGCGCAGUGACAAUGUGCUCGACCCGCAGGGCAAGUUUUACAUCGCCUGGCUGUUUAUCGUGUCGCUGUCGUUCCUGUACAACGCGUGGGUCAUACCGUUACGGUCGUCCUUUCCGUACCAAACACCGGAAAACACCAAGUACUGGAUCGCGAUGGACAUUUGUGCGGAUGUGAUCUAUCUGCUGGACAUACUGUUCGUCAAGCAUCGGCUGAUGUACCUGUACGAGGGGUUCUGGGUGAAGGAUAAGAAUCUGACGCGCAAGAACUAUAUGCGCAAGCUGCAGUUUAAGAUGGAUCUACUUGCACUGGUUCCGUUGGAUCUGCUGUAUCUUCGCUUCGGGACCGAGCACGUGGUGUUCCGCGCACCAAGACUGCUCAAGAUACAGAGCUUUUGGGAGUUUUUCAAGCUGAUCGAUCGGGUUAUCUCAUCACCACACAUUAUUCGUGUAGUGAAGACACUGACCUACAUGCUGUACAUGAUACAUCUGACAGCCUGCGCUUACUACGCAUACAGCGCCUACCAAGGGCUCGGUUCAAAUCGGUGGGUUUUCAACAACAAGGGUCACGCGUACGUCCGUUGCUUCGCGUUCGCCACCAAAACGGCCACCUCUAUUGGUAAAAACCCAAAACCGGAGAAGGAGGGCGAGCUGAUGUUCAUGACCGCCGCCUGGCUGAUGGGUGUGUUUGUGUUCGCGCUGCUUAUCGGCCAGAUACGGGACAUCAUAGCGACGGCUACACGGUCCAAAUCCGAGUACAAGCAGCUAGUGGACGAAACUCUGGAGUACAUGCGACGCCUCAACCUGCCGACCGAUCUGCAGCGCCGCGUCAAGAUGUGGUUCACCUUCACCUGGGAGCAGCAAAAGUGUCUGGACGAAACGCACAUCAUGGACGCGCUGCCCGCUAACCUAAAGACGGACAUUGCCAUCUCGGUGCACAUCCAAACCCUCUCCAAAGUGCAGCUGUUUGCCGACUGUGAGGAAGCGUUGCUGCGCGAGCUGGUACUGAAGCUACGCUCCGUCACCUUCCUUCCCGGGGAUUUCGUGUGCCGCAAGGGAGAAGUCGGCAAAGAGAUGUACAUCGUGAAAACGGGCCAGGUGCAGGUGAUGGGUGGCCCCCGGAACGAUGUAGUGCUGGCGACACUGUACGAAGGAUCCGUGUUCGGGGAGAUCAGUCUGCUCGCGAUCAAUGGGGCGGAAGGGAACCGCCGCACGGCGGACGUACGAUCGAAGGGUUUCUCCAACCUGUUUGUGCUGUCCAAAUCGGACCUAAACGAAGCGAUCGUGUACUACCCGAACGCGCAGGCCAUUUUGAAGAAGCGCGCAAAGAGCUUGAUGCGCAAGAAUGCGGCACGGGAGAAGGCAGAAUCGCAGCAAAGCAUCGACACGAAGGGUAGCGAGGUGGAUGUGGUCAUCCGGAAUCCGCCCGAUCCCGCCUCACCGAAGUUGCUGAAAACGGUGAUCCAGGCGUUGCCGCAAGAGUCGGCCGCCGUUCAGCUGCUGAUGCAGGGUUUCAAGAUGGUGGAGGCGCCGGUGGAGGAGCCAGAGCCGGAAGAGCCCCAAAGCCCGGAAGUUGGUGGUGAAAGGGUGUUGGAGAAGGAAGUGCACGAACCGGACACGGCAUCGGUGGGCAGUGUGGAGGUGAGGCAUACGACCGAGGUGCAGAUCGAGAAUGAAAAGAACGUCGAGCUGCCGUGCGAUUUGGUGUACAGCAUCAAGAAGGAGCUGAUGGAGAACAAUAGCUACAUCAAUCUGACCGAUGCGGAGAAGUACAAGCUGCUGCACGAGCUUUCCAAGGAUGAGUACGAGGAUCAGGAAAAGUCGCCCGUUUGAAUUCCUGUGCCGGGACUAUGAGGACCUCUGUUUCAAUGUCUAACGACCUGCUUUAUGAUCUGCUUCUUCUCACUAGCUUGUAUGGAGAAUAUGGCCACGUAUUUUGAUAUUUCAACCUAACAAACAAUGUGAUGUUUUAUAUCCCCUCUGUUGAAGGCCCUUUAGAAUAUGCUGCUUGAAACUUAAAGUUAGGUCACUACAAAGUUAAUUGAAGAAACCGCAUAACGAAGUGUCCGAAGAAUCCCCUUGCCAUCGGGCACCAUAGGUGUGCCUAAUAACAGCAUUGACCACUCUCAUCGUUUGGAUGUGUUUUGCGUAUCGUAAAAUCAAUGCUAAGGUCUCCGCGGCGUCCUCCACCAUUGUGCGCAUGCAUGUCGCGUGCAUACUGCAGGCGCAAUAAAUUAGCUCGCGCACAUACAAGCACGGGAGAGCGUGUGCGCCUUUGGCGUAAGCGUCGGAAACGUGAUCGACCGGCUGAUGGCCGAUAUCUUCGAUUCGAAUCAACAGACACACACUCACAGAGUAUUACCGAUGCCUUGGAGGAGGAGGAGGGAAUGCAUUCGAGUUGGCCUUUGGGAAUGUUUCAAUAGUGGCGCUCGAGCGGAAGCGGUGUGCCGUUGGAUGAUUGAUAACCGUUUUUUAAUGUCGGAUGUUGUUGUUUUCCUAUGUGGGUACCUUUACUUUGCCAAAGGCGGCUUUGGAUAGAGAAUAUUGUUAGAAUACAUGUUUCGAUGUACUUGACUCACUUACUUGUGCCACAAAAACACAUACACACAUACAAACACAGUCUAUAAGAUUGUUAAAUAAACUUGUGACUUUAUAAAAUGACAUCCAAAUGGGUUCGUUUACAAUCGUGGUUGUACGAGGGCAUGGCGGCAGAGGGUCCUGAAGGUUGAGCGAAGCAAGGAAUGAUUUUAUUGGCCUUUGCGUUGAAACUCCCAUUCGCCAUCGAUGAACGCACGUUUGAUGCGUUCAAAUGGGUGGUAGAAAACCAGUUUUGGAUUUAACGAUCGUACGGAUCACGUGCAGGUAAACGGGGCCUUUGAUGAUGGAAGAAUAUUUAUGAUAUGGGAGGAUUUUACAUACACUUAUUGGCAGGUAUAUAGAGUUUUCUUCUCUUUACGGUUCUACAAAGCCUUACCAUAAAUCAACAUUUGUUCCGUGUGAAGUUUUGAUCUCCGUAAGAGCUCUGUUUUGACCACGACAGUGUAAAUUCCAUUCCCAUAGUUCUCCCUUCGCCAACAAGAUGCGAAACUCGAGCUGCCGGGGUGGGGGUUAACGAUUUUUAAAGUGCGUUACAGCAACAAGUUAUCUCCACGCGUCUUGUGAACCGGUCGACCGAUCAGUUCAUCUGUAACCGUUCGCCGAUUGUGACUCGUUUGAAUUUGGCGUCUUAAUCUUCGCGUUGUG